AUGGAAAAGAUCAGGGUCCAUUCGGUCAAGUUGACUUACAAUAGGUGGGGAGUCGAAAAAAGAUUGAACCCAAAGAGUGAUCAAUCUUUCAACAUUCGGAACAUUCCGAAAACUCGGAAAAUCUUUGUCUUCACCUCGUACCACACUAUAUCACGACGAAGGGUGAUUUUGUUAAACCCUAGACAAGGUAAAGUGACGAAAGAGUAUACCUUUCUCGCCGGGGAAGACGAAGAAGAAGAAGAAGAAGAAGAAGAAGAUUGGGGUUUAUUCUCCUCGAGCCCUUCGAUUUCGGCUUUUCGCAUUGCGGUUAUCCACUCGAACAAAACGUCGUCCGCCUCGUACGCGACGUCGUUUAGCUUCUCCAGCCAGAUUUGGACCGCCUGCUCUUUCACCUGCCGUUUGCCGGCGUCGCCGAGGACGGCCUUGAUGGACUUGAACUCGCUCUCGAGCCUCUUGAUUUUCUUUCCGACGCCGGUGAUGAGUUGGACUUCCCGUCUGAUGAGCUGGUCCAUGAUUAAUGUGAGCUCAGUUAGGACGACGCCUAUGAUUGGAUCAGACAUUAGUUUAGAAUUGGAUAAUGCAAAAAAGGGAACUUUUGGGAUUGGUUGUUGA